CGAGGUUGAACGUGAACGAGCUCCAGGCCGUAAAUGUCGGGCACAGAAAGUUGUAUAUGCAACGCUCAUCCCGAGGUCCACUCGAUUCAGCAGUGGGAACUUGAGUGAUCAUGGCUCACCACACUGCAUCUUCACCAGCAUCCAGCUAUGCUGGUCCUCGAGCAUCGCCCUACAACAGUGGCAUCAACACACCGCUGGAACGACCGAACCCAUUCGACACUCCUGCUCCAUCCAGCCGACAGAGUUGGACUAGCGACGCAAGAUGCCAGAACACAAGCAGUGCGUACCUGAGAUCGUCCGAAAUGGACGCAAAAGCAUUGAGCACCAAUUACUUUCGAAGUCGUCGAAUUCGAAAAAGUGAAAUGGAAAGCCCAAAUGCUCUGGGGCGGCUCAGAAAGAAGACCAUCUUUGAACGCCAGUCCUGGAUCAUUCCUUGCUUCGGAAUCUUCAUCGGACUGUGUAUCAGCAGUGUGAUGGUAUACCUGAGCUUCAAGGACCAAAAGAGAGGCGGCAACUUCUGUCCCAUCUUCACCGAAGACUUUUCUUCAGGUCGGUUGACGCCCGAUAUCUGGACCAUCGAACAACAGGUUGCAGGCCAUAAUGGAGAGUUCGACCAAAUGUCGGAUGAUGCGGAUGUGCUGUUUGUCAAGGACGGCAUUCUUCAUAUCAAGCCAAAAUUGCAAGAUGAAAGCCUUGUCAACACGAACAAUGCCACCAUUGACCUCGGUGACCGCUGUACUGGUGAAGGCUUCUUCAACUGCUUUGCCCAUACCAACACGACCAACGGCACCAUCGUGCCGCCUGUGAAAUCUGCUCGCAUCAAUACCAAGAAAGGCGCAUCUCUUCGCUACGGCAGAGUAGAAGUUGUUGCAAAGAUGCCAAAGGGAGACUGGAUGUGGCCGGCGAUCUGGAUGCUGCCUACCGAAGACAAGUAUGGACCAUGGCCUGCAUCGGGAGAGAUCGACAUUGUAGAGACACGUGGAAACAACCACUCGUACAAAGCAGGACCAGGAGGAGGUAACAAUCUGGCAACCAGUGCUCUCCAUUGGGGUCCGGAGACGAACACGGACGGCUACCUGAAGACAGUCGAUCAGCUGGGCGCGCUGCACUCGUACUAUGGCGACCAGUUCCAUACCUUUGGACUGGAAUGGACCGAGAAUUACAUCUUCACCUAUGUGGAUUCAGUAUUGAUGCAGGUUCUGUACGUGAAAUUCAAUCGUCGAUUCUGGGAUCGUGGAAAUUUCCCGCCUGCGACUGCCAACGGGACAACAUUGAUGGACCCAUGGUCGCACACCGGACGAACUAGUACGCCAUUUGACGAGAAGUUUUAUUUGAUUCUGAAUGUUGCUGUUGGUGGCACGAAUGGUUAUUUCAAAGAUGGCGAGAGCGGCAAACCCUGGGCGGACGCUUCUCCGGUUGCGAAGAAGGAGUUCUGGGAAGCUCGGAACCAGUGGCUUCCAACGUGGGAGAAGAACGGCGAGAUGCAAGUGAAGUCGGUCAAGAUGUGGGAGAAAUGUUGAUGAUGAACAUGAAUAAUUUGAAUAGGCCUACGCCGGAAGCGACCACCGGGAAAUAAGAUGACGUCGAGAAAUACACUUUCCCAUUCGUCCAAACUCAAACUCUGUGAUCCUUGGCUUGAGUAUCUGAUUCACUUGUUCUGUUUCUCAUUUCUC